AUAGGCUUUUAGUUCAUCAGCCUCCACCACACAAACCAUAUCAAUUAUCAAAAAUGGCACUUGGCCUCAAAUUCCUUCUCUUGUCAUCACUAUCCUCUCAUUCUCCAGCUUUCAUUGUGCAUAAUUCACCAAACUACAAGUCGCCAAGCAAUUUUCCUUCCCCUAAUCUCAAUAAGAAGGCUCCAUCACAGCAACUCACUCCAGCUAGUAGCAACCCCACCAGAAGUCGCUUUUGCAUCUCAUACAGAUAUAACUACAACACACAAUACGAAGAUGAAGAUGAAGAUUGCUGCAGCUUUGACGAAGCGGUUGCUCUUUUCAACACGAGAGAAUACUACAAGUGCCAUGACUUUCUUGAAGCUCUCUGGAUAAAAGCUGAAGAUCCCACCAGAACUCUCGUUCAUGGGAUUCUGCAAUGCGCUGUUGGAUUUCAUCAUCUCUUUAACCAGAAUCAUAAAGGGGCAAUGAUGGAGCUGGGAGAGGGACUGUGUAAGCUUAGAAAGAUGAAUUUUCAGAGCGGACCAUUUCAUCAGUUUGAGCAAGACAUUUCUGCUGUUCUCCAAUUUAUUUAUCAAACCCAGAUUGAACUUGCUGCUUGCACAGAUGAUCUAUGUCUGGCCAUGGACCAAUCAGAAAGGUCAUACCAACUUCUUGGGAGAUAUGGUGCUGGGCAGCUUUUAUAUAAUAUAGAAAAAGAUCCUAUGGAUGGUAGUAUGUGCAUUGUAUUCUGUCCUCGUAAAUCUUAUGCUUCUGCUGACCCUCCCAGAGUAAAGCUUCCCAUUCUUGAGGCUACGAAACAACAUCUUGUGGCCCACCAGCCCUAAAAUGGUGCAAAAAAACUUAUAAUGCAUUAUAUACUCAAAAUAUAAACAUAAUAUGUCUUGAAUUAA